AUGGCCACUCGGCAGCUGCUUCUGCUCGUCCUUGCCAUCAUCUGCGGCGUUACACCUCUGUUCCCUCUCACCCCUCUGUUCCCUCUCACCCCUCUGCUCCCUCUCACCCCUCCGCUCCCUCUCACCCCUCUGCUCCCUCUCACCCCUCUGCUCCCUCUCACCCCUCUGCUCCCUCUCACCCCUCCGCUCCCUCUCACCCCUCCGCUCCCUCUCACCCCUCCGCUCCCUCUCACCCCUCCGCUCCCUCUCACCCCUCCGCUCCCUCUCACCCCUCCGCUCCCUCUCACCCCUCCGCUCCCUCUCACCCCUCCGCUCCCUCUCACCCCUCCGCUCCCUCUCACCCCUCUGCCCCCUCUACGCACAGCGGCCGCCACGGCUCACGCAGCCGCAGGCGAGCACGCAGAUUGCCUGAACGCGUGCACGCGAGAGGCCGGCGCGGGAAGCGUGGAGAAUGCAGGCAUGCAGGCGAGGAGCCUCAAAAGCGAGAGCACGGCGAGAGGCAGGAACGCGAGCAUGCGGGUGGGGGUGGGGGUGGGGGUGGGGGUGGGGAGCGACAGCACGGGUGGGAGAGUGGAGGCGAGGGUGCAGGUGGAGACGCAGAUCACGGUGUCAGGCGCCAGCCUUCCUGUCAGCUUCGACGCCCUCUGCUGCUUCACCCUCCCCAAGGCAGUUACCAAGGCACUCAACGCGAGGCGGGACGUGCAGGUGUGGUGGCACGGGUUCCCGGGCGGCAGGUCCAAGGCGAGUGCGGGUGGCAGCAAUGGCGGCAGCGGCAGCAAGGAUGGCAGCGGCAGCAGCGGCAGCCAGGGACGCGGAGGUGGUUCGGGUGGGAAGGUUGCGAGCACGGAGGGGCAGGCAGGAGGUGCGGCGUGCAAGCAGGUGCAGUUCUUUGCUAACCCCGCCUGCAAGGGCAAGGCGCUGGAUGAGGUGCUGCAGCCGCAAUACGCCGGCCUGCGCAAAUUCUUCAACGUGCCCAGGUGGGUCGUGGGGGCACGUGGGGGUGGUGUGUGGGUGGGUCGUGGGGGCGCGUGUGGGUGGUGUGCCCAGGUAAGUGAGCAAUUGUCCUCCGCCACUGUCGUGAGCCACUGUCGUGAGCCACUGUCGUUCUCAACGCCUGAUCUGAUUGUGUUCCCCACGUUCUUGCAGUAA